GCCACAUUUGAAGACUCUUUUCGUGACUUAGCUAUAAGACAACUGAGCACAAUUGGACUACAACCCAAUACAUACCUGUAAAAUAUGUGCACAGGAAGCUAACUGCAAGCAUGCUGCAAGGGUUGAAGCUAUCAUCCCAACUUUGCGGCGAGGUAAGCAUAUGAUCAGUGAGAGUUCUCUUGAGUAUUUUCUCGCAUCAUUCCACCCAAAAAAUAGAAGUCUGGCUAGCAUGCCCUACAACUGCUUCGAUGGAUUGAUUAUUCAUCUGAUUUUUCAGAAAUUCGCAACUUCCUUGACUUACGGCUACUUUUAUGUUCUGAGCCGCUCUCGGAAUCACCCACAAAACGUUCCCAAGCACAGAAAAUCCCCAUUACAUCAUUACAUGUCCCUGACAUACACCAACAUCAUCAUUGUUGUUGCUUCUUGCAGUCACGAUGGAGUUGACCCCCAUCAGAAUUACCGGCAAGCGCCGUCGCAAGGGUGAGCCCGCCAUGCCCAUUGUCCACCCAAAGGACGGUAUCAAGGCUUCAAAAAGGAGGAAGACGAAAGAAAAAGCCGUCUUCAAGCCCAAGGCUUCCUAUCUGGAGAAGAGUAUCCCGCUAGAAAUCAUGGAGCGCAUUUUCUGGAUGAGUGAAAACGUCAACUUGCCGCGAGCCAGUCUGCGACUGGGUUGGCUUCUGUCCGCCAUAUCCACCCGCCAGCAGACGUUUCUCGAGGCCUUUGGACCGACUUGGGAUGUCUGGUUUGGUUGCCUGCGGAGAGUAACGCCUGACUCGACAGUGCAGAGCUAUUAUGGAUGGGACAGCGAUUCUAUCAGAUUUGGUGGCAAUCCAGAAUUUCAGUCUGCGCUGCUGCAGUACUCUUGGGUCAACAUAUCUUUCAUCAUGGAAUGCUGCGAUCUCUGGGCACAUCGAUAUGGAAUGGACCGGCCCCUCCAGCAAAUCAGCGUGUGGUCUGAUCCAGCAGAGGACAGCAGUGGCCUCAAUCUUCUGCACCCUGGUGGGCACGAAGGACUCGAUACAGCCCAGCAACGCUUCCGUCAAGAUUACGAUGAAUUCUGCAUCCGUUCCUCGCUUCCCCUACUCAUCGAAGAUGUCAGCUUCAUUGAAGUUCAUCGCGGCACUCAAAUCCCAGACAAGCUCUUGACAGGUCCCUGGGACGAGGAUGCACUGCAGAAAUUCUUCUGGAUGUUAAGAGCUGGAGCGCGUCUUUCCCCGGAGCAAACAUGGGAAACGACGCUCGAGGGGUUCCAGAAUGCGAUGGCCACCGAAACGGAUCCUCCUAGUGGAUUCUUCAAUAUGCGCGUGAUCCGACUAUUAUACCUGCUAGGCAGCUUUCUUGCUUGGCCUGACUACAUCCUCGCUGCCGAAACUGAGAAGUUGUUCGAGAGAAUGCGCACUAUUCAUGAUGAGCGGCGCCCCGAGCUUACCAAAAUCUAUCGGGUUGUUGAGAGAAUGCUGCGCUAUCAUACGCGCUCCUGGAGAAUUAGUGAUGUACACUCAUCAUCACUAGCUUAGCCAUGGCACUUUUCUGACCGAGUAGUGUUACCACGUAGUUAGCGAAAAUGCUAGGUGGUUGAGGCAGGUUUAUGCCCUGCUUGCUGGCAGCUGCCAGGAAGCUUUGGUGCAGUCAGGGGCGCGGAAUCCACGGCAUGAGCAAUUCUUCUACUUGAUCACUAUAGCUUAAGACGACGAGCAUACCGGGACCUUCACG